GGAGGAGGGUGGGGGGGGCAGAGGCAGGGAGGGGUACAGGCCCCACUGCCAGCCUUGAAAGGGACGUGAGGUUAGGGUUAGGGUUGGGGUUGGGGGUGAGGUUGCCACACGUGGCCUGUGGGGGGCUUCAGCUUCCCCCACUUCCUGCUGUUUUACAAGUGAGAAACAAGUGCAAGGAUCACCCAGGGGCAGCACCCAGAGUCCUGCUCAGAGCAGCACGUCUGAGGCCAGCAGCACUGGGCCGGGGGGAACCUGGACGCAGGACCCCGUGUGGUGCCCUGACGGGGGCCUGGCCACGUGGAUGAGCCAGAUACAGACUGCGCCCACGGCUCUGCGUUUGUGUAGAUGCACAUCGGUGUGUAGAUGGCAUGUGUGGGGAGCCCCCGAGCUCCCCACAGUGCCUGGGGUCAGCAGCCUGAGAGCCAAGCACAGGCUGAGGGCCCCCCCGCCGCGCACACACCUGCUGCAGGCCCAGCUGCCGCUGCCCAUUUGGUUAGGCCUUUCCUCUGUGUUUGCAUGGACCCCUCCAGCCCAGCUCUGAACCCAAGGGAGCCAGGUGCACACCAAGUCGGUUGUGCCUGGGCCGGCGGCAGUGACGUAGCCGCAGCUUCCAGGUUCAAGGCCCCUCCAGGGGUCUGCACUGCUCCCAGGCAGCCCCCGCCCCCACCCCAGCUCCAGGGUGGAGAGGCCGCCCCCGCAGCACCCUGGGGCCCUGUGUUGCUCCAGGAACAGCAGGAGCCGAGGGGCUUGGGCACAGGCAGGUAGCCAGGCCAAGGUCAGCGGCCACUCUGCGCCUGCCCUUCAGGUCGCGGUCGGCCAGGGCCUGCGGACGUGACUGAGAAUCCCUCCCACAGAGCGUGGGGCCCCUGGGGGCUGGCGGGUGAGGAUGAGAAGGGUUUUGCUAAACAAAUCCUCUGCCCCUCCCCUGGACUGGCUACACCUGAGGCCCCGUCAGGCACACCACCUGCAAACCGGCUGGGAGCUGCCACCGCCAUGCCAGGCCUGACCGUGCUGGGGCUCGGCCUCGCGGCCCUCCUGGGCCUCGGGACAGGGGCCCACCUGUGCCUGUCCCAGCAACUGAAGAUGCCAGGGAAGUACAUCCUGGGCGGGCUCUUCCCUCUGGGCCUGGCCGAAGAGGACAGCCUCCGUGACCGAGCCCAGCCCCGCGGCAUCGUGUGCCCCAGGUUCUCGGCCCUUGGCCUGUUCCUGGCCAUGGCCCUGAAGAUGGCCGUGGAGGAGAUCAACAACGGGUCGGCCCUGCUGCCCGGGCUGCGCCUGGGCUACGACCUGUUUGACACCUGCUCGGACCCCAUGGCCACCAUGAAGCCCAGCCUCAUGUUCCUGGCCAAGGAGGGCAGCCGGGACAUCGCCGCCUACUGCGACUACACGCAGUACCAGCCCCGCGUGUUGGCCGUCAUCGGGCCCCACUCGUCCGAGCUCGCCCUCAUCACCGGCAAGUUCUUCAGCUUUUUCCUCGUGCCGCAGGUGGGCCUCCCCUCCCCCUCCGCGCCCCCCCGCACCCGCUCCGCAGUGCCCACGGGAGGCGCCGCUGUGCCCGCAGGUCAGCUUUGGCGCCAGCAUGGAGCAGCUGAGCAACCGGGAGGCGUUCCCCUCCUUCUUCCGCACGGUGCCCAACGACCGCGUGCAGCUGCAGGCCACCGUGGAGCUGCUGCUGGCGUUCGGCUGGAACUGGGUGGCGGCCGUGGGCAGCGACGACGAGUACGGGCGGCAGGGGCUGAGCAUCUUCUCGGGCCUGGCCAACGCCAGGAACAUCUGCAUCGCGCACGAGGGCCUGGCGCCGCUGUCCCAGGCGGACAGCCUGCGGCAGACCCAGAUGAUGGACCUGCUGCACCAGGUCAACCGGAGCAACGUGAACGUGGUGGUGCUGUUCGCCUCGGCCCGCGCCGCGCAGGCCCUCUUCCACCACAGCAUCCGCUACAACCUCCUGCCCAAGGUGUGGGUGGCCAGCGAGGCCUGGCUGACCUCGGAGCUGGUCAUGACGCUGCCCGGCAUGGCCCAGAUGGGCACCGUGCUUGGCUUCCUGCAGCGGGGCCCCCCGCUGCCCGCCUUCCCGCGGUACGUGGAGAGCCGCCUGGCCCUGGCCGCCGACCCGGCCUUCUGCGCCACACUGGACGCGGAGCAGCCGGGCCCGGAGGAGCUCGGGGCCAACCGGCGCUGCCCGCAGUGCAACGACGUCGCGCCGCACAACCUGUCGGCCUGGCUGCAGCAGAACCUGUCGGCAGGCCAGCUGCACCACCAGAUCUUCGCCACCUACGCCGCCGUGUACAGCGUGGCCCAGGCCCUGCACAACACCCUGGGCUGCGACGCCGCCGGCUGCCCCGAGCAGGAGCGCGUGCGACCCUGGCAGCUCCUGAGGAGCAUGAACAACCUGAGCUUCCGCGCCGCGGGCCUGGCCUUGCGCUUCGACGGCUCGGGCAGCGUGGACAUGGAGUACGACCUGAAGCUGUGGGUGUGGCGCGGCCCGAGGCCCGAGUUCCGCACCGUGGGCUCCUUCGACGGGCGUCUCCGGCUGCAGCGCCCACACAUGUGCUGGCACACGGGGGACAAGGCGCCCGUGUCGCAGUGUUCCCGGCAGUGCAGGGAGGGCCAGGUGCGCCGGGUGAAGGGCUUCCACUCGUGCUGCUACGACUGCGUGGACUGCAGGGCAGGCAGCUACCGGCAGAACCCAGACGACACCAUCUGCACCCUGUGCGCCCAGGACCAGUGGUCUCCGGAGCGGAGCACCCGCUGCUUCCCCCGCAGGCUGCGGUUCCUGGCGUGGGGGGAGCCGGCCGUGCUGCUGCUGCUGCUGCUGCUGGGCCUCACGCUGGGCCUCACGCUGGCCACCCUGGGGCUCUUCAUCCGCGGCCGGCGCAGCCCGCUGGUGCGGGCCUCGGGCGGGCUGCUGGCCUGCUUCGGCCUGGCCUGCCUGGGCCUGGCCUGCCUGAGCGUCCUCCUGUUCCCCGGCCAGCCCCGCCCCGCCAGCUGCCUGGCCCAGCAGCCGCUGGCCCUCCUGCCGCUCACGGGCUGCCUCAGCACGCUGCUCCUGCAGGCAGUGGAGGUCCUCGUGGAGUCGGAGCUGCCGCCGAGCUGGGCGGCCCGGCUGCACGGCUGCCUGCGGGGACCCCGGGCCUGGCUGGCCGUGCUGCUGGCCCUGCUGCUGGAGGCGGCCGUGUGCUCCUGGUACCUGGUGGUCUUCCCGCCAGAGGUGACCAAGGACUGGCAGGUGCUGCCCACCGAGGUGCUGGUGCACUGCCGCGUGCGGUCCUGGCCCAGCUUCGGCCUGGUGCACGCCACCAACGCCGCCCUGGCUUUCCUCUGCUUCCUGGGCACCUUCCUCGUGCAGAGCCGGCCCGGCCGCUACAACCGGGCCCGCGGCCUCACCUUCGCCAUGCUGGCCUACUUCAUCACCUGGGUCUCCUUCGUGCCCAUCCUGGCCAAUGUGCACCUGGCCCACCAGCCCACCGUGCAGAUGGCCGCCAUCCUCCUCUGUGCUCUGGGCAUCCUGGCUGCCUUCUACCUGCCCAAGUGCUACCUGCUCCUGCAGCAGCCACAGCUCAACACCGCCGAGUUCUUCCUGGGCGCCGACCCCAGAGACGUGAGAGGUGGCGGCGGGGGUGGGGAGGAGGUCCAGGGAUCCCACGGGUGACCACCCCCAGGAACCCACACCCAGCAGCAGCCCCCUGACCCCAGUGGCCCCGACUGUGCCCCGACCCCAGCUUGUCUGCUGACCGUGACCUGAGGCCUGCAGCUCACGUGGCCACAGAGCCAGGCUGUGUCUGUCCCCGGCCUGGCCGAGUCCCACUGCUCUGUCGGGGCCUCUGCAGAACUCAGGGCAGGGCCAGACCUCUGGAAGGCGAGAGCGGGCAGCACUCGCCUGGCCAUGCCCAGCCCCGUGUCCAGGCACAACAGGAAGGGGAGUUGUCUGGGGAGGCGUGGGCAGGUGCCCAGGGCAGCAGCCAGCCUGUCCUCCUGACCCAGCCUAGGCAGGUAGAAUGGAGUCGUGCCUGCUACCAGCACCGAGGACAGAGCCCCGGCAGAGCUGGGGUCAGCACCACGGCCAGCGGCGGCCGGGACACCCCCCUCCCCCCAACCCCAGAGCCCACAGCCAGCACCACGGACAGAA